AUGAACUAUCUCUUAUUACUGCUCACGGUCGCGGCGACCGCAUUCGCUGCGACUCCGGCCGAUUGGCGCUCCCGAUCCAUCUACUUCUUGCUUACCGACCGUUUUGCUCGUACGGACAAUUCCACCACUGCUACUUGUGAUACAAGCAUCGGGAGAUACUGCGGUGGAACAUGGCGCGGCAUCAUCAACCAGCUCGACUAUAUUCAAGGCAUGGGAUUUUCAGCCAUCUGGAUCACUCCAGUAACGGCGCAAGUCCCUCAAGACACCCCUUACGGCCAGGCUUACCAUGGAUACUGGCAACAAGACGCAUACUCCCUCAAUUCCCAUUAUGGAACUGCAGAUGAUCUCAAGGCUUUGGCCUCGGCUCUUCACGCGCGUGGCAUGUACCUCAUGGUUGAUGUCGUUGCCAACCACAUGGGUUACGACGGAGCAGGUGACUCCCUUGACUAUAGUGUAUUCAAACCCUUCAACAAGAAAGAAUACUUCCAUCCCUACUGUGCCAUCACCAACUACGACAACCAAACCAACGUCCAGAACUGCUGGCUGGGCGAUAACAAGGUCUCGCUCCCUGAUCUGGACACAACCCGCAGUGACGUACAGACGAUGUGGUAUGACUGGGUCAAGUCGCUUGUCUCCAACUACUCCAUCGAUGGCCUUCGCAUUGACACAGUCAAGCACGUCCAGAAAGAUUUCUGGCCGGGCUAUAACAAAGCCGCUGGUGUAUAUUGUAUUGGCGAGGUCCUCGACGGAGAUGCAUCAUACACCUGUCCGUAUCAGAAUUAUCUCGACGGUGUCCUGAAUUAUCCCAUGUAUUAUCCUCUCCUUAGAGCAUUCAAGUCAACAGGCGGUAGCGUCAGCGAUUUAUAUAACAUGAUCAACACCGUCAAAGACAAUUGUCCAGACUCCACCUUGCUGGGAACAUUUAUUGAAAACCACGAUAACCCACGCUUUGCCUCCUACACAAAGGACAUAUCCUUAGCCAAAAAUGUGGCCACAUUCUCCAUCCUCGCAGACGGGAUCCCCAUCAUCUACGCGGGUCAGGAGCAGCACUACAGCGGCGGCAACGACCCGCUCAACCGCGAAGCCACCUGGCUGUCCGGCUACAACACCACCAGCCCCCUCUACACCUCGAUAGCGACGGCCAAUAAGAUUCGCAGCCACGCGAUCAGCCAAGAUGCGAAGUACUUAACUUACAAGAACUACCCAAUCUACAGCGACACCACCACGUUGACCAUGCGAAAAGGGUUCGAUGGCACCCAGAUCAUCACGGUGCUCUCCAACCUAGGCAGCGGGGGCAGAACGUACACCCUCUCGUUGACGGGGACGGGAUUCACAGCCGGCACCAAGGUCACCGAGGUGUUCACCUGCACCACCCUGACCGUCGACGCGGAUGGGUCGGUCCCCGUGCCGAUGGCAAGUGGGUUACCGAGGGUGUUGUUCCCAACGGGAAAACUGAGCGGGAGCUCGAUCUGUACCUAGUUCUUACGAAGGGUUGCUCUUCGCAUGUCUAGAUGUUCCUUGUAUUUUUUUUCUCGGUUGCCGCUUACUAAGAGGUUGAGGUUGAAGGGUUGAAGACGGCGGAAAACAUGACCCAAUCCAAGGUUCUUGGGUUCCCUAGAAGACACAAUAAAAUUAGUUCCCCAGGGGCGAGAGGGGAGGAAAGUUGACACUAAGCUAGACUGCUGCUCAAAGUCGAAUAGAAGCACAAACUCUACAAAGAAAAAAACA